AUGUCGACAGAAGACAUUCUCCGAGCAGCUACGGGGCUCGAUCAAGAGGGCAUGGAAAAUACCAAGCUUUAUGCGGACUCGUUGUUGAGAGAGUUCAGCGAUGAUGGUGGGAAUCUCAGUCUCGUCAGACUCAAGAUACUUCUCGCACGUGGUGUCGAUGUUAUCGGCCCUCAGCCAGUCAUCAUCCCAGGCACUAUCAAUGCGAACUCCAGUGCCUUUCAAGAUUUUUCUCAUUCCCAUACCGCGCGUCACACCUUCAGCAUGCGUCCAGUCAAAUUUUGCUCCCGCGACGACGGUUUCCGUCCAGUCGUCGUUCACAGCACCGCCGACCUUCGGAGCUUCUUCCGGCGGUCAGGCCCAACGCAGACGGUCCUUGAAGUCGAAGAGGCACGCGCCAUGGUUGCUUUCACAUUCGGCUAA